GGGGCCGUCGCCAUGGCAGCGAGAAGGCGGGCGCGCGCGGGCCCGGACAGGAGAGAAGUCGGAGCGGUGCGCGCUGGGUGCAUUCAGCAGGCGGAGCCCCGCGCGCUAGGUGAGGCAGAACCUAUUAAGCACCAGUUUUCAGUGAAAAGCAUUGCUCUACAUGCCAAGACCCACUUCCUCACUAAUUUGAUUUUGCUCGAGUCAUCUUACCUCUCUAGACUGCAGUUGCAUCAUCUGUAGCAAGGAGAUAAAAGUUCUUUAUGUGUUUGAAGAUGACGUGGCGGACCAUCCUAUUUCAAUAUUGUUUUCUCUUGGUUACAUAUCUACUAACUGCCCUGGAAGCAGUGCCUAUCGACGUAGACAAGACAAAAGUAAAAGACACUCAGCCUGUGGACAGUGCCAAGCUAGAGCCGCCAGACACUGGACUUUAUUAUGAUGAAUAUCUCAAGCAAGUGAUUGAUGUGCUGGAAACAGAUAGUCAUUUUAGAGAAAAACUCCAAAAAGCAGACAUAGAGGAAAUAAAGAGUGGAAGGCUAAGCAAAGAGCUUGAUUUAGUAAGUCACCAUGUGAGAACAAAACUUGAUGAAUUGAAAAGGCAAGAAGUGUCAAGGUUAAGAAUGCUCAUUAAAGUUAAGUUGGAUUCUCUUCAAGAUACAGGCAUAGACCAUCAUGCUCUUCUAAAACAGUUUGAUCACCUAAACCACCUGAAUCCUGACAAGUUUGAAUCCACAGAUUUAGAUAUGCUAAUCAAAGCGGCUACAAGUGAUCUAGAACAUUAUGAUAAGACUCGGCAUGAAGAAUUUAAAAAGUAUGAAAUGAUGAAGGAGCAUGAGAGGAGGGAAUAUUUAAAAACAUUAAAUGAAGAAAAGAGAAAAGAAGAAGAAAUUAAAUUCCAAGAAAUGAAGAAAAAGCAUGAAAAUCAUCCCAAAGUUAAUCAUCCAGGAAGCAAAGAUCAACUCAAGGAGGUUUGGGAAGAAGCUGAUGGAUUGGAUCCUAAUGACUUCGACCCCAAGACAUUUUUCAAAUUACAUGAUGUCAAUAAUGAUGGCUUCCUAGAUGAACAAGAAUUAGAAGCUCUAUUUAUUAAAGAGUUGGAAAAAGUAUAUGACCCCAAAAAUGAAGAGGAUGAUAUGGUCGAAAUGGAGGAAGAAAGGCUUCGAAUGAGAGAACAUGUAAUGAAUGAGGUGGAUACCAACAAGGACCGACUGGUGACCCUAGAAGAGUUUAUGAAAGCUACAGAGAAGAAGGAAUUCCUGGAACCUGAUAGCUGGGAGACACUGGAUCAGCAACAGUUCUUCACCGAGGAAGAAUUAAAAGAAUAUGAAAAUAUGAUCUCUGCACAAGAAACAGAACUGAAGAAAAAGGCAGAUGACCUUCAGAAACAAAGAGAAGAGCUCCAGCGUCAGCAUGACCAGCUUGAAGCUCAGAAACUGGAAUAUCAUCAGGUUGUACAGCAGAUGGAACAGAAAAAAUUGCAGAAAGGGAGUCCUCCAUCUGGGCCAGGUGGAGAACUGAAGUUCGAGCCACACAUCUAAAGAACAAAGUGCAACAGAACUUUGGAAGACAACUGUUAAAUCAACACCUAUUUCAUCUUUUUACCUCCCUUCCUUUUUCUCUGCUCAAUAAAUAUUUUAAAGCAUAUAUGGAAUAAAGAAAGAUACUUCUAAAAUAAAAUACUUGUUUU